AAGUGCCACGCUUUGCGAGUACUGUGACGGCAACGUCUGAGUGUAGCACUUCAGGGUCUCUUCUUUGUUCAGCUUCCUGUCUGCGGAGGGGAGAUCUGUUCAUUUCCAAGACAGAUUUGACCCACAGGCCUGUUUUCUACUUCUUGGGCCUCUGCAGAGGACAGUCACUGCACUCAUGGCUGGGAUUUUGCGCUCAAUAGUUCAGAGGCCCCCAGGAAAACUACAUACUUUGACAAAAGGUGCGGAGUCUCUUGUUUGUACAGAUUGGAUUCGUCAUAAAUUUACCAAGUCAAGAAUUCCAGAUAAAGUGUUUCAGCCUUCACCUGAAGAUCAUAAAAAGUAUGGUGGGGAUCCACAGCACCCUCAUAAACUGCAUAUUGUUACCAGAAUAAAAAGUAUAAAAAGACGUCCAUAUUGGGAAAAAGACACAAUAAAAAUGCUUGGAUUAGAAAAAGCUCAUACUCCUCAAGUUCACAAAAACAUCCCUUCAGUGAAUGCAAAAUUGAAAGUAGUUAAACAUUUGAUAAGAAUCAGGCCCCUGAGGUUGCCACAAGGACUUCCAAAAGAGGAGGACAUGGCGCACACCUGCCUCAAGAGCACUGGAGAGUUAGUGCUGCAGUGGCGUCUAAGCCCCCUGGACCAGGAAGCAACUAAGUCCUAAUGCCAGAGCUGUUUCAGAUUAAAACAUGCAAAUCAUUUUAUUUAACGAUGUUGAGAAAGUGCUAUUGUUAAAAUAUAUUUUAAAUGCUAGUUGUUUUUACUAA